AGGCCUGCCUGCCGCCUAGUGGGCGCGAGGAGGAUCGUCACGGCGGGCCGCCCUGCGGUGCAGGGGGCGAGGGCCUGCAGCUGGGUCCUGACGCUGCCCCACCCCCCGACCCUACCCCCCACCGCCACCCUCCCCCCACCCCACACCCCGAUCCUACCCUACCCGCGGCAGUGGGAAGAGAGACACCCCUUCCAGGCCUUGGGCUGAGAAAGCGAAGCCUUAGGCUGUGGGGGAUGGAAGCCCCCUUCCAGAUCUUGAGCGGAGCGGGGAACGCCACACUUCAGGCCGAGACGGAGAACCCAUAACAGAGGCUGAGAAGGACAGAUGAGGCCUGGGGCUUCAGGAAGGCCCUGUGGGGCAAGGCGCAGAGGAGGGUGAGAAAAGUGAGCGCCAGACUCGAGCAGGACCGAGACAGCCCACCAGAGAUGCCCUCCACCCCAUGCUGCCCAAAUGGCAAGCGCCUGGGCAGCGGACUUAACUCAUAGCCCCGAAAGUUUAAGGCCCUGGCUCUCAUCCCUUCCCCUCCCCUGGGCUUUUGACCCCUCCGGGCUCCUCCCCUCGCCUCCAUCACCUUUGCCCGGUGGCGGUGACGUUGUGGUCUCUCCGGUGCAGACCUGGCGGGAGGCUGGGCUGGAUCCCCGUGGCCAUGUUUUCCCUACUGUCCCCCACCUCCUGGCUCCCCAGCCUCCCCUCCCUCGACUGGGGCUCCGGCCUCCUCGACGCCCUCCUGCAAGCCACCCGGAGCUUCGUCUUGAAAAGCAGAGGCUGCAGGCCCGGUGGGCGUCGCUGGAGACGGUGCAUCUGGCAGGGCUGGCCCUGAUUCUGACCGUUGUGGGGGUCCGGGUGGCUGCCCUCGUAGUGCUCGAGUUCUCCCUCCGGGCUGUCUCCAUGCUGCUUUCCCUGGACAAGGGCUCCCAGGGCACCGAGAAGCUGCAGCUGUACCUGCUGUGCCAGUACUCUCUGGGCUGCGGGCUGACCUGCGGCCUGAGCUUCCUGCAGGAGGGCGCCCCGCAUGGCACGCUGAACCUGAUGCUGGGCCUGGGCCUGGCAGCGCUGCUCAGCACAGGCGCCCGGCGCCUCCGCCACCACGUCUGCCGGUGCUACGAGCUGCACAGCAGCCAGCACUACUGUGGGGUCUGCCUGAGCCUGCUGGCGGGCGCGCACCACCUCCCCCGGCUGCUGGGCCGCACCCUGGCCGUGACCUUUAUAGUGGGCAACCUGGCCGCCGUGGCCCUCAUCAACCGGGACUUCCUGACCACCUCAGAGGCCGUGCGCUUCUGGACGCCUCUCACCAUCUGCUACACCCUGCUGGUCAUCUACAUGCAGGAGGAGCAGCGGCAGCGCCCCGGCCUGAAGAGCCACGUCCAGACGGUGCUGGUGCGCAUGUGCGGUCUCUUCGUGCUGCUGCUGACCGUGGGCCGCUGGCUGGACCUCCUGGGCAUCCUCAUCUCCCUGCUGGGCGAGCUCUGGUGCCUGGUGGGCGUCCGCACCCUGCUUGAUCUUUGCCAGAUACAGGAUUUUCCACCCCAGAGGCCUUCGGUGUCAGCUCCAAGCCAGCCCCAGCCCUCAGCCCCUGCCCAGCCCAAGGAGGGGACGGCCACCUCUUGAGUGACCUCAGCAAGGACUUGGGAGUCUCUCAGGUCCACUCAGGCUCACCUGGAGGCCUUGACCCCAGCAUACUGCCUGGAGGCAGAACAGCAAGGCUGCCCCCAACCUGGAAUACUGGGGAUCCGUGGGAGGGCCAGGAGGUUUUGGGGCUGGGUCCCUCAGAGGGUGGGAGUACCUGGAGGCCGCUGGGUUAACCUUUUCCUUUUUCUCAGGGCAGGGGAACAGAAACAGGCCCCCUAGACCUGCCUUCCCAGGGGCACUGGGGGGACUUGUGUCCCCAUGAUGGCUUCCCCCGUUCCCCACCUCCCUGCCCUG